CUGAUAGAAAGAAAAGUAAAUGAAAAACCCAAAAAAGAAAGAAAUCAAAGUGAAACUGAAAGGAACUAAAACCCAAGUUGAAUGGUAACUUCCAACCUCUCAAAUCUUCAGCAGCCCUGAGAUCUAGGACACUUCACACUGCACACUGUGGGAAGUGACAAAAAUGCCACUCUUUUUCCACCGCCAAUCUUCUCUCCCCACCGCCACCGCCACCGCCACCUCGCCCUCCUACUCCUCCAAGCUCCUCAAGCCCCUAAAGCCCCAUCCUGCCACUGUCCCCACCCGCACUCCCCUGCCCAUUAUCGUCUUUUCACUCGUCUCCCUCUUCAUCGGCCUCGCCGGAACCAUCUUCACCGUCGCCGCCUUCCGCCGCCCGACCCCCAUUCCCAUUUUCCGAUGCGGCAAAUCGGACGACACAUUCCGGGGGUUCUACUCUCUGUCGAAGUCUCGGCAGGUCGGUGAUAAAAUUGGUGGCUUGGUUGAUCGGCCCAAGCUUCUUGGGUUCGUCGGAAUUCAGACCUGGUUCGGCUCGGCCGAUCGCCGUGCAGCGUUGCGGAACACUUGGUUUCCUUCCGACCCAGCUGGCCUUUUGAGGUUGGAACAAGCUACUAGUUUAGCAUUUAGGUUCGUUAUCGGGCGGUCGAAGGAUGCAAAGAAGAUGGCGGAGCUUCAGAAAGAGAUCGAUAAGAACAGAGACUUUUUGGUUAUUGAUAUCAAUGAAGAAUAUUUAAACCUUCCGUGGAAAACGUUGGCAUUUUUCAAAGCAGCAUUUCAACUUUUCGAAGCAGAUUACUACGUCAAAGCCAAUGAUGACAUUUAUUUGCGUCCAGAUCGACUAGCAACGCUUCUAGCCAAGGAACGAACACAUCCACAAACCUACAUUGGAUGCAUGAAGAAAGGACCAGUAGUCACUGACCCUAAAAUGAAAUGGUAUGAGAAAUCAGGACAUCUAAUUGGGAAUGAAUACUUUCAGCAUGCUUUUGGUCCUAUUUAUGUUCUGUCUGCAGAGGUGGUAGCUUCAUUAGCAGUCGCUAGAAAUAACAGUUUGAGAAUGUUUAGCAAUGAGGACGUCACGAUUGGAUCAUGGAUGCUUGCUAUGAAUGUCAAUCAUGAGGAUAAUCGGGCAUUAUGUGACCCUCGUUGCACGCUCACAUCCAUUGCAGUGUGGGACAUCCCAAAAUGUUCAGGUUUGUGCAACCCAGCUAUUAGGCUGAGAGAGCUUCAUGCGAUGAGAAUGUGCUCCAAAAGUCCGACGCUGCCUCCUGAUGACAGAUAAUGAACUACGGCAUACAAUGCCCUCCAACGACAGUAAUAGAGGAAGGUCAGUUGGCUUCAUUGACAGUACCUUGUUUCUUAAAAGAUAAAAUGAAGUCUCCUGCAGCCAGCUACGGAGAACUUGAGAGAGUAUUUUAUCCAUUUAUCGGCACUUCUUGUACAAGUGAUGUAUUAUAAACAGAGCAUUUUUCUACGAUCCACUCCGUCUGAGGGAAAUCGAAGUGCAAUCUUCGAUUUCACUGCAUAUGUACAAUACCAGUCAUACAAGAAAUACAUGAAUAUACCAGUGUGUUUGUGCAGAAGACAUGGAUUUGAAGACUAUAUGUUGGUGUUGUAAUUGUCCUGUGACUGUCCAGUUUCUGUUUUAUGACAUACAGAAAUUGUCACUAUUGAUUUUGUCACGGAAA